AUGCCCGGAGGUGUUUGCGCUGUUCUCGACUACGAGGUCGAGCUGAUGGCCGACUACGUUUCCGAAAUGGCAACUCGAAUUGUCAUGCCGCAAAGUGCCGUCAACACCGCUUUCAGGAAGUUCGUUUCACAGAUUCUCACUUCCACUCGGCUUCCCAGCACUACCAUCCUUCUCGGCAUGAAUUACCUUGCCAAGCGCGUCAACAUGAUGAAGGCUGCCGGCCAGACCACCCAUAACGAAGGUCAGAUCUGGCGCAUGUUGACCAUCGCGUUGCUCCUUGGAAGCAAGUUUCUAGACGACAACACUUUCCAGAACAAGUCCUGGUCCGAAGUGAGCGGCAUUCCCGUCAAGGAGCUCAACACUCUGGAAUAUGAGUGGCUUGGUGUGAUUGGCUGGCGGCUGUAUGUCAACCUCGAUGAGAGCGAGGAUUACAACGCCUGGUUGGCGAACUGGAAGGAAUGGCUGGAGGCGAAGAAGUUGCAACAAGCUCAGGCCAACCGCGAACGUCUGGCAUCCCUCGUGCCUCCUAUCAAGACCGACAUUUCCCGAUCUCGGUUCUCCUCGGCUUGGGAGCAGAAGCAGAUUGCCGAGUAUGAACGGCUAUCGAGCAUCAAGCGCAGCCAAACCACUCACGCUGCUUAUCCUCGGCACGAGCAGUCCGUGUGGGGUCAUUGGUCGCAGCAGCAGGCUCCGUUGACGCCCCCCGACUCUGGAUACGGAACGCCCGAGUAUGUCAACUCGGCGACAUCCGUCAACUCCCACUACAACGAGUGGUUUGAUAGCGCCGUCAGGGACCAUUGCCAGACGUCUCGGCAAUACCAGCAGCCUGCCUCAUACAACUCAUUCUAUCGCGGCCAGUCGAACCGUCACCAGAACAGCAAUUCGGGGUACUGGAACUACACUCACAAUGUGUGGGAGCAUUCCCUUUCCGGUGACUGCAACUGCGCCACUUGUAUUGCUGCGGGCAACUCGCCUCCGUACUUCAUGGGCCACAACUACGGACAGCCGGUUGUUGGCUAA